UAUCUAUGGUACAGGAAGAGGAAAUUAAUGUGUUUGGUGCUGUAGGAAACUGGUGUAAAAUUAGCAGUUUCGAGUAAUAAUUUACGUAGAGUAUGUAGAUGUAUUGUAAUGGGAUUUAAAGUACGAUUUAGCAACAGCACAACCUAACAUUACGUGGUAUUAAUUUAUUGUAUGCGAUACAAUUGCAAUACUGUGGGUUAUAUACACACAGUUGAUGGAUUAACAAGCAGUGUAUAUAAAUUUGUUUCAAGAAAAUGGGUGAAUCGACAUCGAGUCCGUAUGACAUUAAUGGCCAACAUUUUAAUCCUGAUAUGUAUUUACAUAAGCUACUGAAGGAUUGCUCACUAGAGCAAGUCAUGGAUCAACAAGGAGAGAUUAUACGAGAUACACAAGCACUCCACUCAGACAUGCAGACUCUCGUAUAUGAGAAUUAUAACAAAUUUAUCUCAGCCACAGACACCAUAAGGAAGAUGAAAAGUGAUUUCAAGAAAAUGGAAGAUGAGAUGGACCUCCUUGCAGCAAAUAUGGAAUCGAUUACAUCAUUCUCUGAACAGAUAUCAUGCACCUUACAGGACACAAGGCAGCAAAUUACUAAGCUGUCAGGUGUGCAUUCAUUGCUUAAACGUCUGCAGUUCCUUUUCAAGUUACCAGGAAAGUUGAAGGUGACUCUUCAGGAAGGGCAUUAUUCUCAGGCAGUCCAGGAUUACAUCCAUGCUCAGAGAGUCUUACACCAGUAUGGCAAUAUGGCAUCUUUUCAAGGCAUUCAGAGUGACUGUGAAACCAUUGUUGAGGAACUGAAACAAAAAUUGCGAGAUCAAUUCAAAAGCAAGGAGGCUUCAGCUAAAGAACUAGCUGAGUCAGUUGAUUUGCUGCUUCAGCUGCAAGAACCAGCAGAUUCGUUAUGUGCAGAGUUCCUGGCACAUGCAGAGACUCAUCUCUGUGAACAGCUGACACUCCUGGAGGGAUUGCAAGACCAGGAUAUUAUUGAAUUUGUAGACAUUGGAAGUUCAGGAUUUCUAAGUGACCUCUGCCUGGUUGUGGCAUCGUACAAUGACAUGUUCAUCAAUAGACCACACUUGCAUGAUAUUCAGCAAUGUGAUGAGUUGGAUUCUGUGGCAUUAUCACAACUGGGAAAUUUUGUACUGCGCAAUAUGCAGCAUUAUUUCAAUCUGGUGGGAAAGCGAGUGGAGCGUGAACAAGAAGGUGGAGCAGGGGACACGUUGGUGCUGGUACGAGCGCUCGAUCGCUUCCACCGCAGACUUCAAGCUAUGAACACGUUGUUUUCUGACACAGAUUUUGCUAGGACUGGAACAGAGAUUGUGUUACGUGCUGGAUGCCGGCAAUGCCACUUCCACCUUCAGACUCUGAAGGCCCAUUUUACUGAUACAUUGACUCAAGUGAGGCAUAGCCUGGCUGCUCCUAAGCUCAUCAGCCAAGAUGGAGAUAGUUCCUCUGGACUGUCAGAGUUGCUCACAUCUCUUGUAUUAGCCACUGUUGAGAAAGUCAAAGGUGUUCUACAAGAUCUCUUGAGUUUCUGCCAUCCAGAUUUAACAUUUGGUUUGAAACCGCUUUUCCGCGAAGUAUUCUGUGUAGAUAAUGUCCGCGAAGAUCUGGUGGUUGGCUUUCUGCAUUAUCUGACAGCAACAGCACGAGGAUUCUGUGAUUCUGGUGAUUCCAAGUCUCCCCCAGCUUUACUGCUUCUACUUUCAAAAAUGUGUCUGGAAUUUGAGACUUCUAGUGUACACUAUUUGUUAAGUCAAACUGAUGAGUGGUUUAACAUUGACGAUCGUCAUGGAUCUGGAAUCCUCACCAGUGAUGUAGAAAUUUGCACCAGCAUGAGAGCUGCAGCACAGGGGUUACUGAACCAUUAUGUGAGGAUGCAGGGACUUGGUGUAUCCCAGAUGUUGAGGAAAUCAGUUGAAACACGUGAUUGGUUGCACACAAUUGAGCCACGCACAGUGCGGGCUGUCAUGAAGCGUGUUGUUGAGGAUAUUGCUGCUGUUGAUAGUCAGGUUGGUGCUUUAUAUGAGGAGGGACAGCGAGCAGAGAGAAGUUCAGAUUCCAGCAGACGAACUCACAGUGCCAGUGUGUCCCGUCAUAUAUAUCGUUCCAACUGGUCAUCUUAUGCUCCCAGCCAACUGGACUCCAGCCUGGUGACAAAUAUCCAAAAGCUGUUUUCUGAACGCAUUGAGAUUUUUUCAUCAGUUGAGUUCUCUAAAGUUUCCAUCCUCACUGGCAUCAUCAAGAUCAGUCUUAAGACUUUUCUUGAGUGUGUUCGAUUACGUACAUUCAGCCGGUACGGUCUGCAGCAAAUUCAAGUUGACACCCAUUAUUUGCAGCUGUAUCUGUGGAGAUUUGUUGCUGAUGAAAAUCUGGUUCACUUUCUACUGGAUGAAAUCCUUGGCAGUGCUGUACAUCGGUGUUUAGAUCCAGUACUGAUGGAACCCAGUGUUGUUGAGAUCAUCUGUGAGCGAGGCUGAGGAUUUUACUCUCAUCAAAAGCAAGAUGGGUUCACAUUUGUUUUCAAGGUCCUUGAAAUGUGUUAAAAUAAUCAGAUCCAUCAUUUAACUUAAAGCAUUUGAUGUACAGAAAUGUUUAGCUGUCUUGCACUGUUGAGGAUUUAAUCCCCUUCCAACCCCGCUGAGACAGACUGGAAUGUAAUUAUCCAUCAUUUCACAAAAAUAUAUGCUGUUGUUACUUAAAUUA